GUUAUUUUUUUUAAGCCCAAAACCCAACCCUAAGAAGGGAGCCAUUUAAAAACCCCAGUUAGGUUAAAAUCAUCAAUUGGCUGCUUCCUACUUCACCAUUUACACCGAAAAAGAGCUUGGGUCAUCUCUCACCAGCCGCAACCAUGGUGAACGUACCUAAGACGAAGAAGACUUAUUGCAAGAGCAAGGAGUGCAGGAAGCACACUUUGCACAAGGUUACACAGUAUAAGAAGGGUAAGGAUAGUUUGGCUGCUCAAGGGAAGCGACGUUACGAUCGCAAACAAUCAGGUUAUGGUGGUCAGACCAAACCAGUCUUCCACAAGAAGGCAAAGACCACCAAGAAGAUUGUGCUACGGCUGCAAUGCCAGGGUUGCAAGCAUGUCUCACAGCAUCCGAUCAAGAGGUGCAAGCACUUUGAAAUUGGUGGAGACAAGAAGGGGAAAGGAACAUCUCUUUUCUAGAUGUGAUGAUAUUCAUGUCAAAUUUUAUGUUAUGGGUUUUUACUUGGAACUUCAGGCAGAAUGGAGUUUUGUUAAGUUUGAUAUUAGUAUUCUAAUGUUGUUUUUAAGAGGAUAUUGUGCUUUUUAAGGUUAAUGGCAUCGGUCACACUCAUUGAUAGCAA